UUAAAAAUUCCUCUCUUUUAGAGGUUUAAAAAUACUCGAAUUUUAGAUGCUUUAUCACUUGAAUUCCUCUCUUUCCUUCCUCUCCUAUCACUCUUAGUUUGUGCUCUCGUCUUUUUCCUCCGAUCUCGUUCCUUCCUCUCCAAAUCCAUAAAUCAUCUCCUAGAUCCUCUCGCUAAACGAACAAACCCAAGAUCUGAAACCCUUCUCUUUUUUUUGUCUUUUCUUCCCAAAUCGCGUAAUUCUCAGAAGAUUCGAGUUUUGUGGAGAUACCCAGUAGCCAAAGCUCGGAUUUUCAAUCCUCUGAUUUAGGGUUUUAGUGUGUAAUUAUUAUUAGAACCAUGGCGGGUUCGAGUGGGAGUUGGAGAGAUGCGUAUAAGGGAAUGUCAUCUGAUAAUGUAAAGGGUUUAGUAUUGGCUAUUUCCUCGAGCUUAUUCAUUGGUGCCAGUUUUAUCGUCAAGAAGAAAGGUCUCAAGAGAGCUGGUGCUUCUGGUCUCAGGGCAGGUUCUGGAGGUUAUACUUACCUGCUUGAGCCUCUUUGGUGGGUAGGCAUGAUAACGAUGAUUGUUGGUGAAAUUGCUAAUUUUGCUGCUUAUGCCUUUGCCCCUGCCAUUUUAGUUACUCCUCUUGGCGCCCUCAGCAUUAUCAUCAGCGCUGUUCUUGCUCAUGUAAUUUUACGCGAAAAGUUGCAUACUUUCGGGAUCCUUGGUUGUGUCUUAUGUGUUGUUGGGUCGAUAACCAUCGUCUUACAUGCUCCUCAAGAGCAAGAGAUUGAUUCCGUAUUACAAGUAUGGAAUCUUGCAACAGAACCUGCUUUUCUUCUAUACGCUGCAGCAGUGGUAGGAGCAGCCAUUAUACUCAUAAUUCAGGUCAUACCACAGUACGGACAGUCACAUGUCAUGGUCUAUAUCGGUGUUUGUUCUCUGGUUGGAUCAUUAUCGGUCAUGAGCGUUAAAGCACUUGGGAUAGCAUUAAAGCUUACGUUUUCAGGAAUGAAUCAGUUGAUUUAUCCUCAGACAUGGGUCUUCACGCUGAUAGUUCUCACCUGCGUUAUAACACAAAUGAACUAUCUAAACAAGGAUUGGGAUCGACAAGAUGGAACUCAGAUUGUGACAGAGUUAUGUGGGUUUGUGACAAUCCUUUCAGGAACCUUUCUGCUUCACAAGACAAAAGACAUGGUUGAUGGUUCUUCGUCCUCGGGGAAUUUGGUUAUUCGUCUUCCUAAACAUUUGGAAGAAGGUAAUGGAUUUGAGCAAGAAGGGAUCCCACUCACACUCAGACGCCAAGAGUGUACCAAGUCACCAAGGCCUAACCGUCACAUCGUUCAUCCUCAAGAUGGUCCUGAAGCUGUGUAGAGAGAGUGUGAGAGAGAAGGCAGAUUCGAUAUAUAUGUAUGGAUACCACGAGGCUGCAGAGACGGCAUGAAGGACUUGGUUCUUAGAAGAAAGGUGAAGAGAAGAGAAGAGAAGAAAUUAUUGCUAUUACAAAUUUGCAUAGGGAAUUUUUUUUUCACACUUUGAUAACCUCAUUCAUUUGUUUUGGUUUUUUUUGGCUUAAGAUUUGGUGCUGAAGAGAUGUGAAAUGUGUCUACAGAUUUUAUUAACUGUUAUAUAUACGCAGAAAGUUGUACCUUUUCCAAUAUUGUUUUUGUUUAGUAACAGUUUUGUUUUAUCAGCAGCUAAAAGAAUUGUCUGAACUUUGGUUUCGGGAGAUUUUAAACCC